CUUCGAUUAUCAAGAAUAGUGUAUGCCGCUUUGACCUGGAAACAGGAGCUCGUCUACCCAUCUUCAAAAGCUAAAGAAUUUUGGCGACUCUCCGAUCGCUGGGCGGCGCCAGUGGUGUGAUGCCCUUUUUCUUGUAUACGAGAUUGUUGAAGGUUAUAUAUCUCCGGCGAUGGGCUGUGGCUUAUCCUCCUUGAGCAUGUCCGAAGAAAAUACUAAGAAGAUCCAAAAGCCAAAGCCUUGGAAGAAUCCUCAGCCGUUAGCCAUGACUGAUCUUAGAAGGAUGCGAGAAGAGUUUUGGGACACUGCUCCUCAUUAUGGUGGUCAGAAAGAGAUCUGGGAUGCGCUAAGAGCUGCAGCAGAAGCUGAUAUCAACCUUGCGCAGGCAAUUCUGGACAGUGCUGGUGUCAUCCUUGCUAAUGCUGAUAUGACACUUGUUUAUGAUGAAAGAGGCGCUAAGUAUGAAUUACCUAAGUAUGUUUUGAGCGAACCGACUAAUCUGAUUCAUGAUAAGUCUCCUAGUGGAGAUGACUUGCACAAAUAAGGUUACUAAUUUAUAUCCUGUAUAUACUCUGUUCCUAAUCUCUUUAUUUGCCGCUGCCUCUGCCUCUGCCUCUGCCUUCUUAUUAUUGUGUUUGCUCUGUAUCUCAGAAUCAUUCCAUAUUUUAUUAAGUUCCUACUAGAAAACAGUGUGCUUGUUAAUGAUCAAAAUACUAUACUGUCUUAUAUGUAAAUUCAUCUUUUCUGGAACAAUUAUAUGUUUGCAUAUUCUUCUCUUCA